AUGUCAGCGUUCGCACCCAACAUGACCCUCCCACAGGCCUCACCUCUACACAUCAGCAAGUCCAAUACAAGUGACGACCGUCGUAGCUCGGUGGCCACAUCGCCUUCAAGCAAGUCUUACGAAAAGCGAGCAACGAAUCCCAUCAAAGCUGUUGGCAAAUGGGUCAAGGAGAAAGUCAAGGGCGACGGCAGCGCGAAUGGUGUAGUCGGCAACGAAGAGGCUGAAGAUGAUAGAUCACGACAACAGGAGCAGAAGAGUAUGCUGAAGGUGCUUAGUGUUGGGUCGGAUGUGUUCGAUGCUACUGUGGCGAGGAGUCCUUAUCCUGGUAUUGGGUUCUGA